GACAAGUUUAUUAGAGAAGCGCGUGAGAGAGAGAGAGAGCAUGACAUGGCAGCUCAGAAUCAGAACCAGAACCAGAACUCUUUUUUUUUUUUAAUUGUCAUUGCACAGAGUACAACGACAUUGGUGAGGUGUGCAUUGACUAUAAAACAACAAGUAGUAAGAAGAGCAAAUUAAAUAGACAUCAUGACUGACCGAAAGGCCGUGAUCAAGAACGCUGACAUGACCGAGGACAUGCAGCAGGAUGCUGUGGAUUGUGCUACACAGGCCAUGGAGAAGUACAACAUCGAGAAAGACAUUGCAGCUUAUAUCAAAAAGGAGUUUGACAAGAAGUACAACCCCACGUGGCAUUGCAUCGUGGGAAGGAACUUCGGUAGCUACGUGACGCAUGAAACGAAGCACUUUAUCUACUUCUAUCUUGGUCAAGUAGCCAUCCUGCUCUUCAAAUCGGGCUGAGGAAGGCUUUCAAUGUUCCAUUGCACAAAUUCUGAGCUUAAGCUCCAAACCUGGACUGUGAUGCACUGAUGACUGAUGCCACAACACACACACACAUGCGCACGUACAUGUGGGCACACACACACAUGUAAACAUAACCAUACACUUGCUCACCUUGAGAAAAUAGCUAUGGAGGCUGUGCAUAAGUGCAUGGACCAUGUACAAUAUUUAAUUUGUAUAUGUUGCUUUUCUGUAGUUGCUCUUGAGUUAAAGCAACUUCUUUUGCUGAGUAUUUUUGCAGUGUUUGAAUUUUGUUUUUGCACUAAAGUUGUAUAAAAUGCUUUGCUGCCUUUAAGUAAUAAAGAACAGUACAUCCUA